CGCAUUACGUACAAUGAAUUGCCGCGCACUAAACAGCAAACACGCGGGUAAUCUGUCCUUUAUUUUUUUCUUUUGUAAUGAUUGUACUUAGUGACACCGUAAGAAAUUAUUUGUCAAUUGUUUAUUUUUCUAUUUUUUUAUAAGCUUGCUACAAUAUUAUCCCUCCAGAGCUGUUACAAUGAUGUCCGAGGAUGAUUCAUCUGAUGAAUUUCAACCAUCAAAGAUAGUAAUAUCUAAAACAUCAAAAUUUUUCUCAACAACUAAUGAAGCACCUCCAACUUUUGUUCUACAAUUUCCUAACCAUAAUUUAGAAGUAUCCUCAGAUGAAGCGAGUUUAGACUCUAGCCUGUCUCCUAACAAACGCAGUGCACUACUUUCAGAAGGAGAAAAUGACGAUAAAUCAGAGAAUAAAUCAAAUUUACCACUAUCACUCCAAGGAUCAUCAGGAAUGUUUCAGUGGCAGCCAAAUAAGAAGACCCAGGCGUCACUCCAUAAAUUUUUAAAGAAACGAAAUAUAAGUCCGCUGGAAAGAGAAUCCAAAAGACAGAAUACCAAUGGGAAUGACGAGGAACUUAUGACUGACGAUGAAGAUGAUGAUAAGGGUAAAACGAGAAUACCAAGGUUACCAGUCCAAUCUGGUCAUUCUGUGAUGAUUGCUGGGGUUGACGUCAAGUUCCCAUUGAAGCCUUACUCUUCACAGAUUGCAGUGAUGAAUGCUCUAAUUCGGGGUUGUUCUAAAGAAGAACAUGCGUUGCUGGAGAGUCCAACAGGCAGUGGAAAAACUUUAGCAUUACUCUGUGGAGCUCUGGCGUGGCAGGAACACUAUGCUCGUCAAUACAAAACGCAGUUUCAAGAGUGGAUUAACCAGCAAUGCAAUACAGAGUUCAACGAUGUAGAUAUGGAGUUAGAAGAACUUCCGGAGAAAAACAAAAUUAAUGAUAAAGAUAAAGUUAAAGCACCUGUUGAAGAACCUAAAAAAGUCCCUAAAAUUUAUUACGGAUCAAGAACUCACCGGCAGAUUUCUCAAGUGAUAAAGGAACUUCGAAGGACUACAUAUUCAAACGCUAAAAUGACAAUAUUAAGCAGCAGAGAAUUCACAUGCAUCCAGAGCUCGAAUAGAAACAAGACUGAGCUGUGCAAUGAUUUAUUAGACCCAAUUAAGAAGCAGGGAUGUCCGUUUUAUAAUGAAUCAAAUAAACGUGUCUUAUCAACUUACAAAAGUUUAGACAGAUCCUCGCUACCACAACCCUGGGAUAUUGAAGAGUUGGUGGAAGUAGGAAAAGAAUAUGGCUGCUGUCCGUAUUUUGCAGCGAGAAAUCUUCUGCCAGAAGCUGAUAUUAUUUUUUGUCCGUACAAUUAUUUAGUUGAUCCGAAUAUUCGAAAGAGUAUGCAAAUUUCGCUGAAAGAUGAAAUAGUUAUAUUGGAUGAAGCUCAUAAUAUUGAAGACAUUUGCCGAGACAGUGCCAGCGAUACAUUUAGAGUUGAUGAAUUGAUAGAAGUUAUUAAAGAGUGUGAGCAUUUGAUAACGAACGUUGCAAAGGAUAAAAUUCCUCAGUAUGCGCCUGCGAUUAAAACUUAUUUAGAAACUUUCAAUCAAUUCAUUGAAAUUACUGAUCUCAAGUGUAAGGACGGUAAAAGUGAUCAAUUGACAAGUAAAUUUUGGAGUAGCCGAGAGCUUUUGGAGUUAAUGAGUGUCAAUAAAUUAGAAAGACAAACUCAUUACCAAUACAAAAAAGCUGCUUUGGAAGCCAUUGAAAAACACAAUGAAGCAAAAGAAAAAUCACGUGAGCAACCUAACCCACACGCAGAUCCUAAAAAGCUAGUUUCAGAUCCUACAAUAUCGCCCAAUACUGUUCGUGUUCUCGAGAGACUUAAUUUAGCCAUCGAUAUGCUGACAUCAGACCAGUAUUCAUCCGAUUUCCGAGCACUAAUAAGAGAAGUUCCGGAAAGAUUUUGUCAAAAAAUAAUAACAAGAUCGCCAAGUGCCAGUCAAAAACCUCGAAAUCAGCGAAUUCGAAUGCUCGAUUUAUUGUGUAUGAACCCAGCAGUAGUAUUUUCUCCACUAGCUAAUUCAGUUCGAUCAAUAAUCCUAGCAUCUGGUACAUUAUCACCGACAUCUUCAUUCUCCAGUGAAUUGAACACUAAAUUUCCGCACAUGCUCCACGCAAAUCAUGUAAUACCUAAAGAGCAAGUUUUCGUAAAAGCUAUUGGUCAAGGGCCAAAUAAUGUUGCUCUUCGCGCAACUUACGCGAAUGUUAACACGUGGAGAUUUCAAGAUGAGCUGGGACAAGUACUUCUCGAUGUAUGCCAAACAGUGCCUUUUGGAGUUUUAUGUUUUUUCUCGUCAUACACAGCAAUGAAAACGUUGACAGAUAGAUGGUGGCAAAACGGCGUAAUGACUAAGUUACAUCAGUGCAAACGCAUCCUGGAAGAACCGCGUGUCAGUAAAGAUUUAUCAGAAGUGAUGCGCGAGUAUCGUUCAAUAAUCAGACAGUGUGAAGAAGGUACUAUAGAAGACAGCAGGAUAACCGGUGUAAUUCUUUUCGCAGUCUUUCGCGGUAAAGUUGCCGAAGGAAUUGACUUUAGUGAUAACGAAGCACGCUGUGUAAUCACCAUUGGGAUCCCUUACGCCGUGAGAAAUGAUCCAGCGGUUGAACUCAAGCUUGCUUACAAUGAUUUUCACACCAAGGAAAGAAAAUUACUCCGCGGAACUGAAUGGUACGCUGUUCAAGCUUUCCGAGCUCUGAAUCAAGCUCUUGGAAGGUGCAUCAGGCAUAAAGGCGAUUGGGGCGCCAUAUUAUUAAUCGAUGACAGAUUUCUGUUAUCUCAAAAUCAAAGCUAUCUUCCUAAUUGGGUCAAGUCUAUGUGGAACAAUCGUUCUAAAGACUAUAAUCUCCGUGAAAACCUAAAACAGUUCGUCAGUCAAAGGACUAAGGCUGAUAAUGAACGUAAGAUGUUAGCAGAUUAAGUAAAAAAAAGAUUUAUUUAGUAACUUAUGCUCAUUUUAGCAUUAAUAUAAUAAUAACUUCUUUUCUAUACAAUAAUGUCUGGUAAAAUAUUCUGUUUUUGUUUAUUUUUUUAUUAUUAAUGUAUAUAUUGAUAUAAACGUUUACAAUUAUGAUGUUGAGUUAAGUGUAUCGCGUUUUUCAAUCAUCCGUAAUUGUUUUUUCUUCAUCCUCUUAAUCUUCGCAGUAUUUUUUAUCUGUUAAAAUAAAAUAAUAUAUUAGGUUACUAUUUAGUAAAAAAAAAUAAUGUCAUAAUUUAUAAUUGUUAAACAUUUUUUUUAUACUUACUACUUGGACAAUUUCACUUUUUUUGGCAUUUUCUUCUGCUCGUUUGAGAUUUUCUCGUCUUCGUUCCUUCUUAGCUUCUUUCUCUACUUGAAAUUGUUCUUUUAUUGCGCGUGAUUGUUCUUUAACACGUUUCAAUUCUUCCCUUAAUUUUUCUUUUUUCUCAAACGGCAUUCGUAGACCCUUAGAUUUUAUUAUAGAAGAAAAUCUGACGAACAAAAAAAUUGUCAUAAGUGAUU